ACUAGGGGGCUCUUCUUCUGACUUUUUCAUCAGUUCGACAUUCAUUGUUAGUUGAUUCACCAGUGUGGUUUGUAAGGAAGGGGGGGGCGUAGUAGUUUUCACUUUUGAGUAGGUGACGAACUGAACCCUACUUGACUAGCCUGGUUUGGUCAAAAUACGACAAUAUGGGGAGGAAGUCGGACAAGGCAAGAACAAAGAAGCAAAAAAGGCUUAUGAAGCAAGCAGCCAGGGAUGCUGUGUUUGCCAAAGUGGAAGCAGCUUCCAAGAUUGAAGAUCCCUUGGCAUUUUUCCCUCUUUUUAAAAAGUAUGACAGAAAUGGACUGAACCUGCAGAUAGAAUGUAAACGUGUCCUUUCCCUGAAUUCCAGUACGGUGGAUUGGGCCUAUGAACUGACCAGAGACAACAUGAUGUAUUUCUAUACACAAGUUGACUGGGUCUGGAAUGAUAAGGAGAAGAUGGAGCAGUUUAAGGAUGAGAGGGCAUUUUACCUCUUGGCUUAUGAUGCAAAUUCUACACCUGUGGCUUUCUGCCUUUUUCGCUUCAGUGUGGAUUAUGGCAAUGAAGUGAUCUACUGUUAUGAACUACAGCUGGAAAGACAAGUGCAAAGAAAAGGUCUUGGCAAGUUCCUCAUGCAGAUUUUGCAGCUCAUUGCAAACAGAACAGAGAUGAGGAAGGUGAUAGUGCCAGUAUUCAGACAAAAUACUGGGGCUUACAGAUUUUUCAGAGAAGCCUUACAGUUUGACAUUGACGUCUACUCACCUAGUACGUUCAGCACCUAUGGGAAUAGUUCCAUCCACGAAAUCUUGAGCCGACAGACAAAAUUUGGAGAGGCUGUAGGUCUUGCAUGUUAUGGGGAUCCCUGUUAUUGCUGUGACUGAAAGAGCUGGUUGUCUGGAGAGGCGGGACUCUGACAACAGUUAAACUAUCACUGAAAACAAUCUAAAAUGGUAUUCUUUCAAAAAAAUCUUCCUACAGCUAAUAGUUUAUAUAGGAUUCCAGAACAAUGACACUUUUUCUAAACAUUUGGUUUUGUUACUAAGAAGAACAAAAUGCAAAGCCAGUAGGGUUUUAAAUGAGGUCUUAAUAUGCCAGCUAUGGCAAGGGUGCUUUCUUGUUUUGUGGAGAGGGGAAUAUGAGCAUGUGAUUGCAUGGGACUUUAUGGCUUGUUUUAUGAUUUUCUGUUGUAUUGAUGUUUGGCCUUGUUUGUAUACCUCAGUCAUGCUUUUCCUGUAAUUUUACCAAGGAUCUGACAUGCUUUUAAGUGCUUUACUAUA